UUCCUCUUUUCUUCGCCGAUGGAACUCAUUUCAGUUUGCUCAGCGCAGAGCAGACGGAGAGAAUUCUGAUCCUCUCAGAGUGUCUCCGAUCUCAGUGCUUCCACUCGUUCAGAAAUGGCUCAACCAUUCAUGAAGAAGGACGAUGAUCUUGACGACGAAGCUGAGUACUCUCCUUUUCUUGGGAUUGAAAAGUGGGCAGCUCUUCAGGAAGCUAGGGUCUUCAAUGACCCCCAGCUUGAUCCAAGGCGGUGCUGUCAGGUUAUCACAAAACUGCUGUACCUGCUGAACCAAGGAGAGACAUUCACAAAGACAGAAUCGACAGAAGUGUUUUUUGCUGUCACGAAGCUCUUUCAGUCGAUAGAUCUAGGAUUGAGGAGAAUGGUUUAUCUGAUGAUUAAGGAGCUAUCUCCUUGUGCAGAUGAGGUGAUCAUUGUCACAAGCUCUCUCAUGAAGGACAUGAAUAGCAAGACUGACAUGUAUCGAGCCAAUUCAAUCAGGGUCUUAUGCCGAAUCACAGAUGGAACCCUUCUUACCCAGAUUGAGCGGUAUUUGAAGCAAGCGAUUGUUGAUAAGAAUCCUGUGGUUGCUAGUGCAGCCUUAGUCAGUGGGAUUCAUCUACUUCAGACAAACCCAGAGAUUGUGAAAAGGUGGAGUAAUGAGGUUCAGGAAGCCAUGCAAUCAAGGGUAGCCCUUGUUCAGUUCCAUGCUCUGGCGUUGCUGCACCAGAUCCGACUAAAUGAUAGACUUGCUGUCAGCAAGCUAGUGACCAGCUUGACCAAGGGCACUGUUCGUUCACCUCUGGCCCAGUGCCUCUUAAUUCGUUACAUUAGUCAGGUUAUCUGUGACUCAGCUGGUAACACACCACCAGGGGAGCGGCCUUUCUAUGACUAUCUUGAUAGCUGUUUACGACGGGGAGGUGAAAUGGUUAAUUUUGAGGCUGCCAGAGCUAUUACAGAGCUUAAUGGCGUGACAAACCAAGAAUUGACUCCAGCAAUAACUGUUCUCCAGUAUUUCUUGCUGUCUUCCAAUCCAGUAAAGAAAUUUGCCGCUAUUCGCACUCUGAACAAGGUGGCAAUGACGCAUCCAAUGGCUGUAACUAGCUGCAACAUAGAGAUGGAGAGUUUGAUUUCUGACCAGAAUAGGAGCAUCGCCACACUUGCCAUCACCACACUUUUGAAGACUGGAAAUGAAUCUAGUAUAGAUCGUUUGAUGAAGCAAAUUACAAAUUUCAUGUCUGAAAUUGCAGAUGAGUUCAAAAUUGUAGUGGUGGAAGCCAUAAGAUCAUUAUGUAUGAAGUUUCCCUUGAAGUAUAGAUCCCUAAUGAACUUCCUAAGCAACAUUCUCAGGGAAGAAGGUGGAUUUGAGUAUAAGAAGGCAAUUGCAGAUUCAAUUGUCAUCCUUAUAAGGGAUAUGCCUGAUGCAAAAGAAAGCGGAUUGCUUCAUCUCUGUGAAUUCAUUGAAGACUGUGAAUUCACUUACCUCUCAACACAGAUACUCCACUUUCUGGGUAUUGAAGGGCCCACAACAGCAGAUCCAAGCAAAUACAUAAGAUACAUCUACAACCGUGUACACCUUGAAAAUGCUACUGUUCGAGCCAGUGCUGUAAGCACAUUGGCGAAGUUUGGUGCCAUGGUAGAUUCACUGAAGCCACGUAUUUUUGUCCUGUUAAGGCGCUGUCUAUUUGACGCUGAUGAUGAGGUUCGAGAUAGAGCAACUCUGUAUAUGAACACACUUGGGGCUGAUGGUGCAGUUGUUGAAACUGGUGGAGAUGCAAGCGAAUUCCUGUUUAAAUCAUUAGAUGUUCCGCUGGUCAACUUGGAGACGAGUUUGAAAAACUAUGAGCCCUCUGACAAACAUUUUGAUAUUUCCUCCGUGCCCAAGGAGGUCAAAGUUAAGCCACUUGCUGAGAAGAAAGCACCAAGUAAAAAGCCAACUGGUUUGGGUGCUCCUCGUAGGGGGCCUACUAGUACUGGCACUGUUGAUGCAUAUGAGAGGCUGCUUUCUUCAAUUCCUGAGUUCUCCAGUUUUGGCAAACUCUUUAAGUCAUCUGCACCAGUUGAGCUGACAGAGGCAGAGACGGAGUAUGCAGUUACUGUAGUCAAGCACAUUUUCGACCACCAUGUCGUUUUUCAGUACAACUGCACAAAUACAAUUCCAGAGCAAUUUCUGGAAAACGUCACUGUUAUAGUGGAUGCUUCAGAAGCAGAGGAGUUCUCUGAAGUUGCAUCCAAGCCUCUUCGAUCUCUUCCCUAUGAUUCACCAGGACAGACCUUUGUGGCUUUUGAAAAGCCAGAAGGAGUUCCAGCAGCGGGAAAAUUCUCUAACAUCUUGAGGUUUAUUGUUAAAGAGGUUGAUCCAUCCACUGGCGAGACAGACGAUGAUGGUGUAGAUGAUGAGUAUCAGCUCGAAGAACUCGAGGUGGUUGCAGCAGAUUACAUGCAGAAAGUUGGAGUCUCCAACUUCCUCAAUGCAUGGGAAAACAUGAACCCUGAUAGUGAGAGGAUUGAUGAAUAUGGCCUGGGACAGAGGGAGAGCUUGGCUGAUGCUGUCAAUGCGGUCAUCAACCUUCUAGGCAUGCAACCCUGUGAGGGCACAGGGGUUGUCCCAAGCAACUCAAGGUCGCAUGCCUGCCUACUUUCUGGUGUGUUCAUUGGCAAUGUGAAGGUCCUUGUUCGUUUGUCAUUCGGGAUUGAUGGUCAGAAAGAAGUUGCAAUGAAGUUGGCCGUAAGAUCCGAUGACGAGAGCAUCAGCAAUGCGAUCCACGAGAUCGUGGCAAGUGGCUAGUUUUCUCGUCUGUCAUUUACUCGGUUUAAAGAUGGUUUUUUGGAAUCCAUUUUAUCCUCCCCUCAUGUGAAGAUGAUAGAAGUGGCGACUGUAAGUCCCCAACAACGAGAACCUUUUUACAGAAGAGAUUUGGUGGAUGAAUUUAUUUUCGAGCUAAUGCGAUGAUCAGCAUGUAUCCAGGAAUAAAGACUGCGGGAAACAUCCCAGGAUGAGUUUGUAGUCGCAUUCUUUUUGCUAUAUUGGCGACUGAUGUUUACUCAUAUGUGAAUAACAAAGGAAUGUAUAUGCACGUCUUGCCUUUGAAUUUGGAUAAUUUUUUCAAUAAAUUUGGAUCAAAGUUGACAACUCA